AUGUCCUCAUACACAAGGAUUGGGGACAAUGAAACACCUGUUAUUACAAUCAACACAGCUCAUAAACUGUCUCGAAUAAACGACAACAUCUAUGGUGGAUUUACGGAACACAUGGGUCGUUGCAUCUACGGUGGUAUAUACGACCCCGGUAGCUCUCUCUCCGAUAGCAACGGCUUUCGAAAGGAUGUCAUCGCGGCCAUGAAAGAGCUUCGUGUUCCUGUUGUGCGCUAUCCAGGAGGUAAUUUUGUUGCAACAUACCACUGGCUGGACGGUGUAGGGCCAAAAGAACAACGACCAAAAAGGCCAGAGCUAGCGUGGCUUGGUGUUGAAACAAAUGAUUUCGGCACAGAUGAAUUUAUGAAAUGGUGCGAGGUAGUGGGCACAGAACCAUACUUGUGUUUAAACAUGGGCACCGGCACUCUCGAUGAGGCAAUGGCUUGGUUGGAGUACUGCAAUGGAGAGGGAAAUACGUAUUAUGCCAACUUGCGCCGUAAGAACGGCCGCGAGAAGCCAUACAAGGUGAAGUAUUGGGCCUUAGGGAAUGAGAUGUGGGGUCCAUGGCAAAUUGAGCAGAUGACCAAAGAAGACUAUGCGAAAAAGGCAUAUCAGUGGGCAAAAGCGCUGAAACUCUUGGACCCCAGCAUCAUAUUGAUCCUUUGUGGUCAAGACGGUACCAGUGAUUGGGAUCGAUAUGUUCUACAACAGUGCGUGAAGCUGGAUUUGCAUGGCUUGAGCGGUGAUCGAACAAAGAGUUUGAUUGAUAUGCAUAGCAUACAUAUCUAUACUGCCAGCAAUGAGGCUUUACCAAAUGCAACUGGUGUGUCUAGCAUUUGCGAUGCUAUAGUUGUUUCAUGGCCAUCCACUGACGUUCUCUCAGCCCCUAGAAGCGCGGAACGUGCAAUCGAAAUCACAAGCAGUCUGAUCGAUCUUGCACGCAUUGAAAAUAAAGUACCCAACACUGUCCCGCGGCAAACUAUCUGCUUCGAUGAAUGGAACGUAUGGGACCCUGUCCGUGCACCCGGAGAACUUGGUGCAGAAGAGUCAUACACACUUUCCGACGCUCUUGCGGUAGCAAGCUGGCUGAAUGUAUUCGUCCGACAAUCUAAAUACGUCGGCAUGGCGAAUAUUGCGCAGAGCGUGAAUGUCAUAAGCCCUCUAAUGACGACAAAAACAGGGAUCGUAAAGCAGACAACAUGGUGGCCGUUGUUGUUGUUUAGCAAGUAUAUGCGAGGGACAACCUUGAGCAUUAACGUUGCGUGUGGCGAGUACGAAGGCCCGACGACUCCUGACUGGAUCAGAGGAACUGUAAACACGCCAUGGCUUGACUGUAGCGCAAGUAUUUCGGACGAUGGAUGGGUGACGCUUGCUGUUGUGAACGUCCAUGAGACUACAACGUUCGACACACUGAUAAGCGGAAUUCCUGAAAACGUCAUCCACGUUUACACAGUAACCGGAUCCCACUCCGGGGCAAAAAACACGGAAUCAGAUACCCAAGUCGCUAUAUCUGAGACACAGUGGGAUGGCAAGGGAAAGUACUCAUUUCCGAAGCAUUCCUUUACCAUGUUAAGAUGGAAGGCACAGUAA